AAUCGAGCAACACAACCUCUCAAUACCGCCUGGACACAUAACCGUAAAUCGAUUUUGAAUCUCAAUGUGCAAAGAAUAGAUAAACAGGCCGCUUUCGGUGUAAUAAAAAGGGCAAUGGGAGUUAUUCAAUAGUGACAGGCGAACAAUAAGAAUCAUAAACCAUCAAAUGCAUUUGACAAAUAUCACUAACUGAGUAAUACCAACAUGCAGGCCAAACACGACCGGCCCUAUUCAACCCACAGUGUUCGAGAUGGGCGCGACAUACGGGGGAGAAGGAAAUCAAACACUCAGUUAGAGGUACCUCAGUCAGAAGAACGUGAAGCGAUUUACGGAAAAUCUUCUAUCGAAAGACAAAGGGACACUUCGCGAGACCAAUAUCGGCAACGGCCUGCCAACGAAAACAAUAGAAACGAUGGUAACUCUGGAACCACAGAGCACGAAGCUAGACAAAGGCCCGACUGCCACAGGGACAUAACAACUGGUGAUAGCAGUGACUAUACCAGCGCCACGCGGACGUCAACAGCUGGCAGGCAAAGGCUAGGAGUACAUGGGAAUCCAUUGAUAUCAAAACCAAGAUCCUCCAGCGCUAAGGUAUCCAAUACGUUAGUAACAAAUGAUACGUUAGUAACAAAUGAUACGUUAGUAACAAAUGACAGUAGAGUAACACGAACGACAGUCGCUGCAAAGCCACCAAGACCAUACAGUGCCAAGGAUUCCAGUAUCUCAAGAGAAAGAGAGGCGAGAACGACAUGUGAUGUUCACAGUUUAAGGAGGCAAAGACCGACGAGUUCGAGACAAGAGUAUGUAGUAAACGAUGGUUGGAGAGGAAAGACAAAGCCGAGCACUGGUGUAGAUCACGUGCCCUAUUCCUGCUGGUCCCGUCCAUCGUCCAGCAUUAGAAGCACCUCUCGACCAGUCAGCGCCAGGUCAGGUGUAGCUAGACCCUUCCCUUCGUUACGUUCCGUGGCGGGAACUAUAGAGAUAAUACGUCACUGGAGAAAGCAGAAGUACCGGAACCGGAAACGAAAUCGCGAGUUUACCGAGCACGGCCACAAUGCGCCCAACGACGGCCACAAAUUGUUGAGGAGAUCGAGACACGCGUUCGCGAACCAAGUACUGGAAGCCAUGGAUAGAGAAGCAGAAAUCGCAAAAACGCGGCGGACGCGGACAUUCUGGUGGUACUGCAAGGUGAUCAAGGCCGUGGUGAAGCUGGCGCUCGACAUGCAGAAACUGUCCAUGCAGAAGACGGAACAGACCCCGAUAUCGGAGAUGUACUACAUCAACGUGGCCGGACCCAGCAUCCAGGAGGACGACGCGGACGACAGCCAGAUCCUGUUCUUUGACAAGUCGUGGUUCUCCAGGAAACGGGCUACAUCUCGCGUGCCUGAAUGGGCACAGGCUAGCACGCUGAAGGCACCGGAGGAAAGAACAGAAGACGAAAUUCGUCAUCUUCACAAUCUUCUACUCAACAUGCGCAGUUUCAAAGAAAAGUUUACCGAAGAGAUGCGUCUAAAAAUCUGUCAAGCUGUUCGAUAUACAAAGUGCGACAAAGGACGAGUGAUUCUCCGCCAAGGUCAUCUUGGGCUGGAUUUCUACUUCAUCUUUUCGGGGUCAGUGUUCAUCCAGAUAGACAUCGAGGACAAGGCGACAGGGACCAUCAACACCAGCACGGAGAAUGUCAUCAGACACGGAGAGUCAUUUGGGGAAAUCGCCCUGUUGGGAGAGGACGGGAAGAGGUCCGCGUGUGUGAUCUGCCGAGAACCCACGGAACUGUUCACUCUGGACAAGGCCACGUUCCUGGAAGUGUGUCCAGGAAUAUUCGAGAAAGAACUCCAAGAGAAGACGAAAUUUGCCAGACAGUUUCCUCUGUUUGAGAACUGGGAAACAGAAGCCGUGGAGCAGCUGUGUUUCAACUCUCAGGUCCUCUACAUACCGCAUGGACGCACGGUCGACAUCGACUGGUCCAAGUCCAAUUUCGUCUACUUCGUCAUGAAGGGCCGGAUUUCACUUCUCCGGGAGUUCGACGCGAGCCACAUGUACAAAAUGACCGCGCAGGGCAUGAUGGACAAAGAAAUUCACUUCCGGUACACGGAGAGCGACACCAGUCGCCAUAAACGUCAGAUAGCAUGUAUUGGCUGGCUGCACGAAGGGGAGAGCAGUGAACUACGAAUCCUGUCUCUGGAACCGUCCAGUGACAUUUCACCAAUAACCUUGCUAAGUGAAGGGGUCAAGGUCUUCCGAGUAGCGGUCAGGACCUUCAAGCGGCUCGCGCCCAGACGAAUCGUGGAGGAAUACUUGAAGAAGGUUUACGCCCCUAGAGAAAUUCCUUCUAACGGUGAGAUCUGCGAGAAGGUGUUCAAGGACACAAUCUGGGCGGAGUACAAGCGGAAGGUGCUCACGGAGACGGUGAUGCGCCACCGGAACAUGAACGUCUCGCAGGUGCCCGCCACCUCCAAGGGCUCCAGCGGCUGGGCGCGCUGGCCGGGCUACGACAUCAACGCCGUCGAGAAGACGGGCAGGCUCACCAACAGGGAUGUGCGGUCGGAGCUAAAUGUGUUCGAGUUCAUUAACAUUUCCCCGGUCCGCGGUAAGUACAUCACCCCGGCCGAUGCCCAGCAGACUAAACGGAAAGCGGACACGGCGGUCAGACCGACCUACAAACGGCCACCGGAAACGAAACCCAAACCACCGGAACCGGUAGUGCUCACCAAUGAAAGGACGAUGAUCUCAAGACCACAUCCGGUGCGCAAUAUUUUCGAGCUGAGAGCCAGUGUGAGCCGAAUUAGAAAGAAAAUCGAACUCAACGAAAGCAAACACAGACAGCUUGACAGUGGCGCGAGUACGAAGAGUGUGUUUCUAACGGCGCCAAAUCAUGAGUAGAAAAAAUAUAAUGUGUAUUAACCCAUUUCCGAGGAUAGUCAAAAGUCGUGUAUGUGACAGCUACAAAAUUGAAGUUUUCAUGGGAAAAUGUUUCAUCUACAUAGGUCAUUAGAAAGUGUUGGUCAUGAAAACUUUUAUACUCAUUACCAAUAAAAAUAUUUAAACGCAA